ACCCUCCCACUGAGCGGAGGCUUUUCUCCUCCAGCUCCGUUUUUCCUCUGGUUGGGCUUGGGUGGGGCCUAACUUCCCUCCUCUGGCCCUGCCCCUCGCGUUGUCAUGGGGACCCAGCGGCCUCCGUACUUUAGCCGUUUUGCCGGCCUGGUCCCCUUCUACGGACGUAGUGGCAGCAACAGUGAGAGACUAUGGAGCAUUUAACAACCAGCAUCUCCACUACUGGGAAGCGGCCGAGACUGGGCCGCUGCAAGCAUUUCUUUUGGCUGGGCGUGGUCUUUGACACUGUGGGCGCUGUGGUGCUGUUCACUGGCGUCUUCGCGGACCUGCUCUUCUACGACAUGCUGCUGUACCUGGGCUCGAUCAUCAUCUUCUUCAGCCUGCUCUGGUGGGUCUCCUGGUACACCGGUAACAUAGAGCUGCUCCCGGAAGAGUCCUCCAGGAGGAGCACCCGCACGCCCGCUGUCCCCACGGUCGAAACUCUACGCCGCAGCGCAAGCCACCGCUUCUCCUGGACCUUCGAGAGCAUCUCCAACACCUUUCUGAUGCAGCGGCAGCACCUAAGGUCCCUGAAGAGGAGGGGCAUCCUGGGCAUGGCCGUGGCAGGCCUGGAGGAGGAGAAGAAGGGCAAAGGUAGAAGGGAAAGCACCAAGGACAGUAGUGAUCCUCAAGACUUCUGCAAAGAGAAUCUGGGCCCAGAGCCUGAAGAUGACAACAGUCCAGAGGCAGUCAGCUUCCCAGGCCCUGAAGGUCGUGGUGGAACGAGCCUUCUGCUGCAACCUCCAUCCUCUCUGGACCAGCCCUUGCCUUCUGAUGUCCUGGCCCUAAAGAACCCUGCUGUUUCCCUCUCAAUCUCUGCUCAGCCUUCUUUCACUACUUCUAGGAGCCAGCCUAUCCUCCCUGUGGCCUCUAAGAACCAGCUUCCAGUUACCCUUUCCUUAGAGAGUCAUCCUGCAACGCCUGUGGCCUUUCAGAGCCACCUGGUAGGGCCUGUGUCUCCUCAGAGUCCCUUUCAGGUUCAUGUACACUCUGAAAGCCAGCCCCAGAAUCCUCCUUGGGCUUUUCAAACACAGCCUCCAACUGUUCAGGCAUCUGGAAGCCAGGCUACGGCCACCCAGGUCCCAGUGAUGCCUUUUCAGGCUAUGGAUCCACAGGUCUCCCAGACUGUCCAAGACUUUCAGCUCCUACUUCCCACUCAGCAGACCUCUCUCAACACCUCUUUAGUCCAAGAGAUUUCUCAAAGUCAGUCUUCAAAUGUCCUGGAGGUUCCUAAGGUGCCAGAUGCUCAGGCUGUUGAGGCUUUGCCACUACCCAGCGAGAAACUAUCUCCAGAGCUCCCUGAGGUUGCAGCUUUAGCACCUGAGACCCAGCAGUCCAUCUGCUCUGACAGUACCCCAGGCUCUGGGAUGGUGAAGAAGAGUCACCCUCUCUAGAAGGGAUCAAACUCCAGCCAUUUGUCUGGUUGUCCAGGCCUCUGCUAAAACUCACCAGUAUUUCUACAGAUUUAACCGCCAACUUUAUAAAAGCACAAAUACUUAGUCACAUUUUGGAAACUUCCCUCUGGAGUCCUGAUUGAACUCAAACCAAGACUCAUUAGACUGCCUAUGCUGAGUAUACCUGUUAAAAUGUUGGACAUUUUUCUAUCUUCUGAUAAUAUUUAUUGCCAGAAUAUUAAGCCAUAAUAAACUGCCUUUCCAAAUAAAUUUUG